AUGGAAGCCUUGGUCUGUGCAUUCUCUGAGCUGCGCAUACGAGAAGAUGCAGUGAGCUGGGCCCAAGGCCACCCUGGCCACCCUGACACACCGCCCAACAUCUACGAGGGGGGCCUGGGGGCCCAGCAGCAGCAGUGCCCCAGCACCCGGGGAAGCAAGCCCACAAACUUCCGGCUGCGCCACCUCCGAGGUCUGACUCUCUACCUGCAGGGCCACAUGCAGCCUGCUGGUCAGUGUGAGAGCCACUGGCUGGACCGGCUCAUGGCUGGAGGCUGCCUGCCACGGCCUGAGGGCACGGGCCUGCCACAGCGGACUCUGGUCCCAGGUAACAGCCACGGCUCAGCCCUUCUGGAAGCCCAACUGCCCAGGAAAGGCCUGGGAAAUGCAGCUUCCAGUUCCAGCAUGGACCCAACCAAGGGUGCCCUCUCCCAGCCUGGUCCCCCUGAGGGCUUGGGGCUCCGGCCCAAGAGGUCCUGGGGGGCCUCAGAGGAGGCUAUGUGUUCCUUGUGCAAGAGGACACGCUCUGGGGCCCUGGAGAAGCCAUAUAGAUCUUGA